GGGUGCCAGGGUCCCUGUUUACUCUGCCUCUCUCUUGCUUAAGAAAGAGAAGUGAAUCGUGCUUUGUCUCAGAGGCAAGGAGAAGAGGAGAAGGAGAAGAGACUUCGAGAUCUAAGUCACGACCCACCCUGUUCGUUUUGGUUAAAACUCGAAACUUGAGGGUCCUUUGCUUGUCAAUAGGGUCUUCUUUUCCUGCUUCCAUUUCUUUCUACUUCUGGAUUGUUCAUUUAUAAGGUUGAUCUUUGUUAAGAGCAAUGGGUGUUGAGGUUGUGGCACCUGAGAAGGUUCAGGCCCCUAUUGACAGUGUAAGUGAAGUAGAUGAAACAAUUCUGCAUGAAAAGGAAAACGUGAAACUGGAUGAGGUAUCAGGGCCUACCGAGCCCAUACAAUUUGGUUCACAUGGGGAGGAGCCAGUUAGAGCAGAAGGAAAUGAUGUUACAGAUGCCAACUUGCCGAAGGAUGCCAUUGACGAGUGGCCUGCUCCUAAGAAGAUCCAUUCCUUUUACUUUGUAAUAUACCGGCAAUACGAUGAUCCGAAAAUAAAAUCCAAAAUUGAUCAGGCUGAUAAGGAGAUUCAGAAGAGGAAUCUGUCCCGGUUUGAGAUUACAGAAGAAUUAAAAGCUAAAAGGGCAAAACGGGCAGAGUUGGUGAACCAGGUAAGGACCCUGAAGAAUGAGGGUCGACAGUAUAAAUCGAUGUUUGAUGAGAAAAAAAAGAAAAUAGAGCCUCUGCAGCAGGCACUGGGCAAGCUGCGUGACACAAAUAGUGCUGGUCGAGUUGGUUUGUGUUCAUCCGAGGAAGAGCUUAAUGAUCUUAUCUACAGUUUGCAAUACCGCAUACAACAUGAGAGCAUCCCAUUGACAGAGGAGAAGCAAAUACUUAGAGAAAUCAAACAGUUUGAGGGGACAAGGGAAAAAGUAAUUGCUAAUGCUGCUAUGAGAGCAAAGAUUCAGGAUUCAAUGGGUCAAAAAGAAGCCAUUCAAGACCAGGUCAAACUUAUAGGUGUUGACUUGGAUGGUGUAAGGAAGGAACAACAAGUACUUUGGGGAAAAGUUGACGGCCUGGAUGGGAAAGUGAAGGCACUGGAUGCUGAAAUUAAGACUUUACAGGAUGAGUUGACAGCUGUGACCCAGAAGAGGGACAAAGCAUAUGAAACUAUCCAGGAACUUCGGAAACAGCGUGAUGAGGCAAAUGCCAACUUUUACCAAUGCCGUAUGCUCUUGACCAAAGCCAAAGAACUUGCUGCUAGGAAGGAUGUACCAGCUCUUGAAGAACUUGCACAUGCUGAGGUUGAGAAUUUUAUGUCCCUCUGGAGCCAUAACAAAGCCUUUAGGGAUGAUUACGAGAAAAGAAUUUUGCCCUCCCUUGACCGCCGACAAAUGAGCAAGGAUGGACGAAUUAGGAACCCUGAUGAGAAGCCAUUGGUGAUAUUGGAGACACUGAAACUUUCUGAACCAGAGCCAGUGGUAAAAGCUAUUGCAAAGAGACCGAAAGAAGAUCCAAAACCCGUUUCUCAAAAAGAUGCUCUGUCCCCCCUAAAGGUCCAGAAGGAAACUACGAAGACAGAAUUGAAGACGACUUCAGAGCACUCUGACAUCAUUGACAAGGAGGUCUCUGGGUUGGAAAAUCUGCAGAAGAAUCCUUCUGCAGAAAAGGAAGUUGAUGAAGUGAAAUUGAAGGAGAUGAAAAGAGAAGAGGAAAUAGCAAAAGCUAAGCAAGCCAUGGAAAGGAAGAAGAAGCUGGCUGAGAAAGCUGCUGCAAAAGCAGCUGCAAGAGCUCAAAAGGAUGCUGAGAAAAAGCUCAAGGAACGAGAAAAGAAAUUAAAGAAGAAGGCUGCAGCUACUGAGCCUGAGGAACCUGUUGAAGCAGUUGCAGAGGCAGAACCUGAAAUGGUUGAAGUGAACGAUGAGGUUCCUGUUCCAGUGAAGGAAAAAGUUAGGAAAGAGAAUACUGUUAGGCCUAGGAAUCGUCCAAGAGGCCCGGGUUCACUUCCCAAAGUCAUCCCGAGGAGGAAAAAGUCAACAAACUAUUGGAUAUGGGCUGCUCCGGCUGCUUUAGUAGUUCUUUUGUUUCUAGCGCUCGGGUACUACUACUAUCUUCUCUGAAGAGUUAAAACUAGGGUUAAGUAGAAGAGUUAUGGACAGUUUUCUGCUUGAUAAGCAUGUGAGUGGCAAGGUCUGUUGUAGCAGAAUUAAUCCUUUUAUGUUCUUUCAUCCUGUCGAUGGAUGGAUUCCAAACUCAUAAUGUUGUCGGUAGCUCAGUCAAUUUAAAGGUUUAGACAGGGAGCUAAAUACAUUUGUUUUGUUUUAUGCUGUUAUUAUUUCAAAUUUUGGCUU